UCUUGUCCAAUCGUCCAAUCAUCGUCUUUCAUUAAGUUUUCGGAUUGUAUGUAUUUGGUCUGUUAUCUGUUGUUUGUCGUUCGAUGAUUCACUGUUUUCUUUCAUUUACUUGGAUCCCGCCACACGGUUGACUUCUCCAACGCCAUAAACUCAUUUAAGAUAUUUUCAUUGGCAAGUCUUCGAUAUGAAUCCCAGCCCAAACAAAGUCACUGAAAAUGACACAGAUUCUAGUUCUUCUUCUAAAGAACAGGAAAAUUUAAUCAUUACAAGUUGUACAUCAUCAGAUUCUAUGUCUUCUAGAGGACAUACCUCUCUCCCACCAGAAGAAAUGGAUGUCAACCCUGAUGAGUCCGAACAUGAUGAUUCUAAACAUCAGUAUGAAGCAGAAAAAAUUAUAGCACUUACUAAUUUUGGUGGGUCGUUGACGUUUUUAGUGAAGUUUAAAGGAAUUAAUGAAGCCGACUGGAUACCAGCCAAUGAAGCUAAUAAAAAAUUCCCACGAAUCGUUAUCGAUUACUAUUUGUCAUUACCAAUAAACUGGAUUAAACAAAAAUUAAAUGACAAUCAAUAAUUAUUAUAAUACCAAUAAGGAUGACAAGUGUUCAAAAAGAGACUUUUAUUUUAUAUCAUAUCUUAUUAUAAAUGUCUUCAAUUAUUUAUUAUAAUUAUUUCAGUUUAUUAUAUA